CAUAGACAUACCUUUUUCUUUCUAUUUAUAAACUAUGGAUGAUAUAAUGAUCAUGGAAAGUGAAUCAGAAUAUAACACUGAUUCACCGAAAAAAAUGAAAACUGAUGACAAGACGUGUAAAACCCCACAAAGUAAAAAGAAAACUUUUAGCAUCGAAGAUUUGAAUAGGAGCAGAGAGAAAAAAAUCGAAUUGAAACGAAAAAGAGAGAGUGAAAAAUUAGAACGAGACAAGGAGAAGGAAGAAAAGAGAUUGCACAAUGAAUUUCUUAAAAAAGAAAAAGAACUUAUUAAAGAUUCACAAAAUAAAUUAAGAGAGAAGGAAAGACUCGAGAAGGAAAAGAUUAGAAAAGCAAAAGAAAAUGAAAGAGUGGAAAAGGAAAAGAUCAGAAAAGCAAAAGAAGAUGAAAGAAUGGAAAAAGAAAAGGAGCAGCAAGAAAAAGAAAUGAAAAUGAGCAAAGAACAAGAAAAGAUAAUUAAACAAAAACAAGCAUUUAGAAAUUUCUUUAAAGCAAAAAAUAUAGUAGAUUCAAAAGGAAACAAGAUUAUUAAAGACACCUCUUUAAGAAAUGUUUUAUUUUUUAAGCCAUUUGUUUUAAAAAAAGAUAUGAAGUUAGCCCCUUUAAAGAGAAUUUUAUUUACCAACACACAAGAAAACUUUGACACAAAAUCACAAACCUCUUCACUAUAUCUACAAGGCCUGAAAGAAAAAACGAUUACGCCUCAUAAAUGCCCCAAAACGUUGCGUAUCCCUAACUUAACCCUUAGAUCAUAUAAUGUGGAUUACGAUAUCAACAAAUCCGACGAGUACAUUAAAGCAGCCACUGCCCUGAUUCAAGACUCCGUCGAUGAUAUAACGGAAAUCGUCCAAGAUCGUGGAUCACCUUCUGAAAUUGCUUCGAUCGGGAAUAUUGGCGUUACCACCGCGACUCUGUUCGCCCCCCUUAAAUUGUCGGACAAUUUAUACCGGGUGAAGUACCUGCACUUCCAUGAAAAUUUUAGACCCCCUUACUAUGGUACUUGGGCCGCCUUGAAUUUUAUCAAGAGAAGGUUGAAAUCUUCCGAAGAAAAUGAUUUCGAAAAUUUAAACGACAACCAUAACGAUAAUAAUGAUAAUAAUAAUAUGGAGGCGGAUGGCAACGACAUCUUUGGUGAUACAAAACGACAUACCAUUUACAUUGCAUCCCCGAUCAUAAUAACAGAACCUUUCCUAUUUAGGCAUGAACCUUUGCCUUGUAACAACAAUACGAAUGAAGUUGAACCUGAUCAACUCCCGAUACCAGAAGAAAAUGACAAAGAAACUCUUCCAACUACCGAACCCUAUGCCAACAAUAUACCACUAAUCCACAGUAUCGAGGAAACAGCGUGCACCUACAUCACCAAAAUCAAAUCCCUGGGCAAAACUCCGUUUAAGAAGAUUUUUGAGGAUAUCAUCGAUUACACCUACGACAGUGAUGAGGAUUGGGAAGAGGAGGAGCUAGGCGAAAGCUUGCAUUCUGUUGAUGAUGAUGAGGAUCAAAAUAUCGACGACGAAAUAAAGGGUUCGGAAUACGAUUCUGACGAGGGCUUCAUAGUGGAACACGGAUAUUUGUCUGAGGAAGAAUUUUUAGAUGAAAAAGAAGAAAUUAAUGGCCCCACCGAAGAGAUGGAAAAUGGACGCGAAACUCAUACCCCUCCUGAUAUGGGAGAAGAAGAAGAAGAGGACGAUGCCUUUGGGAUAAUCAAGGCCCAGCAAAAGUUGACGCUUCAAGCGUGGAAAGAUAAUUUGAAGAAAAAUAAGGAAGAAGGGGGUUUCAAAAAAUUGACGCCCAUUGUUAUAGGUCCCAUGUGGACUAACGAUAUCUCUCAAUUUAGCGUUGACGGCAAUACUAUGCACGAAUUAGAUGAUUCUUUUGAUCGUUUGAUAAUUCGACCAAUGUCAUACCCGCUCCCUAUUAAUGUAUUAUCACCACCGCCAAUACCUAUUCCCAAGAAAUUAAUUGAUUUAUAUACCACUAUCAACAAUAUUCCAUCUCCCGGCGAAUUUAUGGAUCAAUCAGACGGACUAAUACCGAAUGCUCAUGAUCAACUUCGCAGGAGUCCUAAAGUUUCUCAAACUCCAUCUCCGGCCACCAAAAAACGUUACGUGCCCGAUGAAGCUCUUCCACACCUAGCCAAAAUGAUUCACGGUAAUAGUCAAAGCGUGUUCAAAAUCAUAGUCGAAUUUCAGCGGUAUUGGGCGACGUUAAAAUCAGCUCCUACCUACGCCUAUUAUGAUUCGGAUUGCGAAGAGCCUAAUAUCGAGAUUCAUAUGCUACCGAAGGUUCACAUCGAAAAUAGUAUCAAAAUGAUGGCUACUUAUUGCAGCUACUCAAAGAAUGUAUUCCGCAAACCGUGUUGGAUAUUAAAAACGGACGCGUUGGAUAAAUACGGAGCGGAAAUUUUAUCAAAAACGAUUGCCUCUUAAAAAAAAGAUUGUUUUUUUAAAAAAAUAUAUAUAUAAUAUAUUAAUGUAAAUUAUUAUUGUUUUAAUCGUCUCCUUAAUAUGCUAAAUAAAAUAUAU